GGUAAAAAAGUCGCGCAGUGCAUUGUGUGAGUAACUUCGUCGGCAGAAGGACCAACUUUUUCCUCUCAUCGCCUGCUUUUCUACGUUUUUAUUUUUGUAAUGGCGUGGGAAAGAUUAAAAUCCUGUACAACGCCUUGUGACCUCAGGCAACCUCAAUAGACCACCUUUACCUUUUUUAAGUUUUGGGGACGUUUUCUCUCUCUCGCUCUCUCUCUCUCGCGACGUGGACGCGCACACUUACCUGCACGCGAUGGAGGAGUACGCGCACACAGCCAAGUGAGGGAGGUGACGUCAUCAUGGAUCCCUUGGAGAUGGGACAGAAAUUCAGCCUAAGACAAGAGCUGGAUCUGGACGCCAACCUUCAAUUUCUACCAGCCCCAGAUGUCAGAAAAGUAGAGAAGAGGCCAGUUCUUCACAGAAAACUGUGCAUUGCUUUGGGUCUAGUGGCGGCAGCCGUCUCUCUAUCUCUGCUGACCGGACUUCUUGUGUGGCGCUUCCACUUGCAUCGGGACAUGGCCAAGCCACGCAUCUAUGUGGGCUCUAUGUCCAUCGCCAACCAGCGCUUCCUGUCAGACUAUGAGGACCCCGACAGCAAGCCAUUUGUCAAGAUGGCAUCUCUCGUCAGUCAGCAGCUUAGAGUGAUGUACGACGCUAACACGGUGUUGACCAAAUACUUUCAAAACUCAUCGGUGGAAGCGUUCAGCGAUGGCGGUAGUGAUUCUUUGACGGCGUACUACCGCUCCGAGUUCAGCAUCCCCGAGCCCCAGCAGGACUCAGUAGAUGUGGCCGUCCAGUCGCUGCAAACGGCGGCAGGAAGUCAAAAAAGUCGGCAAGGGAGAGUGCUGCCGAAGCCCCAGCACUCGCUCAACGUCGACGCCGUCGUCACGAGAGCCAUUGAUCCACGGAUGACAUCAUCAUCCUUAUUGGUCAAGAAGUCCUUUAACGUGCAUGUCCGAGAGGGCGGAGUCAUUCAGUCGCCGGGUUUCCCUGAUUCUUCGUACCCGUCCAACGUCUACCUGCAGUGGCGCUUGAGAGCGGACGCUGCCCACCGCGUGCGACUGGACUUCCAAAAGCUGAUUCUGGAGGACGACUGCCAACACGACUUUGUCAAGAUUUAUGAUUCGCUAGCGCCCAUCGAGCAGACCGCCAUCGCUGAACAUUGCGGGAUUCCUCAACAUUUGCUGUCCUUUGUGUCGUCGGGGAACGUAAUGCUGUUGACGCUGGUCACCAACAAGGAGAAGAAUUUUCCAGGCUUCAUAGCCAACUUUUCACAGGUUCCUCUGGAGCCACCAGCAGACUGUGGGGGAACUCUGAGUGGUGACGUGGGCCAGUUUUCUUCACCGUACUUCCCGUCCAGCUAUCCUCCUCGGACUUCGUGCGUGUGGAACAUCCAGGUGUCGAAGGGCAAGUCCGUCAAAGUCAAGUUCAGCAAGUUCGACGUUGGAAAUGACUCCAUCGAUUGUUCCCAAGAUUAUGUGGAAGUCAACGGCCGAAGGCUGUGCGGGUCGAAAUUGGGAAGUACAACAGUGGCCAGCAGAAGCAACCUGAUGAGCGUCAAAUUCAAUUCGGGCUGGUCGUAUGUGCACCAGGGUUUCUUCGCCGCCUUCGAGGCUUUCAUCCCCAGUGACUCUUGUCCGGGAAGCUUCCGGUGCACCAAUGGCUGGUGCGUGGACUCCCGUUUGCGCUGCGACGGUGUUGACGACUGCGGUGAUGCCAGCGAUGAGGAAGAAUGCAGCGCCUGUGCUUCCAACGUAUUCCGCUGCAAGAACGCUCGCUGCGUCUCGCGGACGACGCUGUGCGACGGCAAAGAUGACUGCAGCGACGGGUCUGAUGAGUUCAAAUGCCAAAAAGCGGGCGCCGUGACGACGUGUUCCGACUCCAGUUUUCGUUGCAGAAACGGACACUGCCUGGACAAAGUCAACCCCGAGUGUGACGGCGAGGUUGACUGCGAGGAUGCAUCUGAUGAGGAAGCCUGCCAGUGUGGUUUGCAGCCGUACCGCAGUUCUCGCAUUGUCGGUGGUGAGGCGUCGCAAGAGGGCGAGUGGCCCUGGCAGGUCAGCCUCCAGCUGGUAGGCCAGGGUCACGCUUGCGGCGCCUCCUUGCUGAGCGGCCGUUGGCUGCUGACGGCCGCCCACUGCGUCCAGGACAAGGGUUCGACCAGGCACUCACAGGCUGACCAAUGGGAAGCCGUUUUGGGCCAGCACUUAUUGAGCCAGCCUAACGAGUGGACGGUGAGGAGGAAGGUGUCGCGGAUCGUGGCCCACCGUCAUUUCGACCAGUUCACUUUCGACAACGACGUGGCGCUGAUGCAGCUGGACUCGGACGUGCCGCUCAACCAGCACAUCUGGCCCAUCUGCCUGCCUUCACCCACGCACCGCUUCCCUGCCGGCCAGGAAGCCUGGAUAACCGGGUGGGGCGCCAGUCGAGAGGGAGGUGUGGCGGGGAGUGUCCUGCAGAAAGCCAAAGUUGGCAUUAUCAGCAGUUCCGUGUGCAACAUUGCCAUGAACAAUGAGGUGACCGAUGGGAUGAUGUGCGCCGGCGUCCUCAAAGGUGGUGUGGAUGCCUGCCAGGGUGACUCCGGUGGUCCGCUGUCUGUUAUCAGCCCGAAUGGGCGGGUCUUCCUGGCCGGCGUGGUGAGCUGGGGUGAUGGUUGCGCUCGCAGGAACAAGCCAGGCAUCUACACGCGAGUGAGCCGAUAUCGCAAAUGGAUCAAGGAGCACAGCGGCAUUUAGCGACACAGCUAAUGUCACCACAGGAAGUUUAAGAGUUUCAAGUUAAAGGUGCGCACUUAUCUACAUGUGAGAAUUUUAGCAACAUAUGCAACAGGUCUUAUGAUGUUGUUUUGACAUUACACUAGGAUAUCAAACACACUAGUGAUGGGAAACUUGUCAAAAAGCAACUUGACUUUUGGCAGACUUGGACUUUUUGAAGAGCCUUUUGGAGUCUUUACAGACAUGUUAGAACUUUUGAAAUUCUUUAUAAAAUGGCAGAAAAUUCUUUACUGGGCUGUUAGGGAGUUUUUAAAGAAACAAACAGGUGAGUGACAAACAAAAUACAAAUUGCCAACACUGAAAGUGUACCAUGUGAUCCUACUCUGAGUUUAUUACCAUGAUAAAACAGUGAAAUUGAGAUAGCUUUACAUCCCUGCUCGUUUCUCAAGGUAACACUGUAGUUGGACAAAUAAACCCUUGACUCUGA